GUGGGGUACCAUUACCACGACCACAACUCUAUAGUAACCUUAUCUUUUUCUAUUUACAAUAUUCCCACCAGUAGUGUUCUCCAAUCAAUUAGACCAAACUCUCAAAAGCUUGGAAUUGUUGCAAUGGCAGAAGCAGUGGUGUCGAUGGCUCUAGAAACCUUCCGCGAUUUGUUGUUGGAAGAAGCAAGGUUUUUAUAUGGUGUGGGUGAUGAAGUGAGGGAGCUCGAGACGCAGCUCAAAGAGAUGAAGUGUCUUCUCAAAGAUGCGGAUAGAAGACGACAUGAAAGCGAAACCAUUUUGAAUUGGAUCUCGGAGAUCAAAGAUCUUGUGUACAGAGCCGAAGCUGCCAUUGAAAGACACGCAGCUUAUCAAGUGUCUUCAAGGAGAAGACGAGGCCUCACACAGCUCGUCCGCAUAUGUUCUUGUAGUUUGGAAGAAUACAACUCGCUCCACCAACUAGGCUCGGAGAUUUCACCGAUCAAAUCCCGACUUGAAAGGAUAAACAAGGAAAUGUUAGAAAGUGGCAUAAAGAAGAGCAUCAUCAACAAUCAAGAUGGAGGGGAAAGCUCGUCCGCCAACAACAGGGCAAGGAAGAGCUUCCCCGAAUUCGAGAUCGGAGAUUGUUUUGUGGGGAUGGAGGAUGAGCUCAAUCAGCUUGUUCAUCUCCUAGUGGAAGACAAAGAGCAUCGAGUAAUUUCAGUGUGGGGAAUGGGGGGUUCAGGCAAGACCACCAUUGCCAAAAAGCUCUACAACGAGACCAAGUUCAGCUUUGAUCUUUGCGCGUGGGUUUGCAUUACUCAGCAAUGUCAAAAUUUUCAAUCAGUUUGGAAGGAUGUUCUGAAGCAGUUAGAGCCACAAAUAAAGAAAGACAUUGUUCCAAGUCUGAGCGAGUGGGAGUUGAAGGAGCAACUAUGCAAGAUACAAAGAGAGAAGCGAUGCCUCAUAGUUUUGGACGAUCUUUGGAAAGUUUCUGAUUGGAAUGAGUUGAAGCAUCCCUUCCUUGUCCAAAACUUGCAAAGCAAAAUCUUGAUCACCACGCGGGAACGAAAGGUUGCAGAGAUUGGAUUCCCAGUAGAACAUGGGCUUCUAAAUAUGGAAGAUGCUUUGGAACUAGUGAAGAAGAAAGCCUUUCCACAUACCAACUUUCCAGAUUUUGCAUCUGAAGAAAAUUUUGAGAAAAUUGGGAAAGAAAUGGUGCAGAAAUGUGGGUAUUUGCCGUUGGCAAUUUCUUUACUCGGUGGGAUCUUGAGAACGAAAAAUUCGAUGAAGGAGUGGGAGUUAGUAAAUGAGGAUAUCAAAGAAUUCAUAUAUAGAGGUGAAAGUGAGAUUGAUGGAGUGCUAAAUUUAAGCUAUGAAAGUCUACCCUAUUAUUUGAAGCCUUGCUUUCUCUAUAUGGGUAUAUUUCAAGAGGACGAAGAUAUAUAUGCGUGGCAUCUAUAUUUGAUGUGGAUAGCACAAGGCAUGAUUUCAUAUGAGAAUGUUGGAGACAAGAACAAAACAUUGAUAGACAUCGGGGAGCUCUACUUGUGUGAGUUGGCCUCUAGAUCCCUUGUCCAAGUUGAAAUUGACGAUGGUGUCAUACCUGGAAGAAAAUAUACGAGCUGCAAACUUCAUGAUGUAGUAAGAGAACUAUGUUUGAAAUUGGGGAAGAGGGAGGAUUUUGGUGUGUUGAGUUUGGAAAUUCAAACUGGGAAACGUAGUACCUUACUACAGCAAGCUUCCUCAAAUAUGAAAAUACGACAUUUGGCUAUCUAUUUCAGAACAAGAGAAGUCGAACUGGAACCUGACGAGAUUGGAGAUGAUACUAGCAAACAUUUGAGGUCUCUUCAAAUGUUCAACCGCAGUAAUUCUGGUCAGUCUCCCCCACUAUGUAUCGUUAAUUUUCAGAAAUUCAAAUUGUUGAGGGAUCUAGUUAUGGUGGGAUUCAAAUUCGCAGGAAGAAAGUUACCGAAAGGAAUCACUAAUCUUGUUCACCUGAGAAGUUUGCGUUUACAUCAAUGUGAAUUUGAUAAGCUACCAUCGUCCAUAAGGAAUUUGGUAUACAUGGAUACCCUAAAUUUAUUUGGUUCGGAGAAUGUUGAAGUUCCAAAUAUUUUUAAGGAGAUGCUACAUUUAAAACACUUGGCUCUUCCAGUGUAUGAUGAGGAAAAUAUUGGAAGUUAUCGAUUAACAUUGGACGAGGGAGUGGUUGAGUUGGAGACCCUAUGGCAGUUGGAUAGUAGAGUGCAUGAAUUAAAAUAUAUGAACAAAAUGAAGAAUCUACGAAGAUUCUGCACAAGUAUACAUGACAACGAAAGCUUGUCAGCCAUCAUCGACGCCAUAUCUAUCAUGGACACGUUAUUGUAUUGUAUGGUUGAAAUCAAAGAGGGCUGCGAGUUAGUAACAAAUGAGGGAGUGUUGAAAAAGGCAUUCACUUGUUCCAAUCUUCAUUUGAUGACGAUUGAAGUUAAGUUAGGGAAGGAGCUCGCAAAGUGUGGGCGUGACUUCAUAAGCUCAAACCUUAGGAAAUUGUUACUGCGAGAAUGUGAGAUUGAGGAUGAUCCAAUGGGGAUACUGGGGAAGCUUCCUUGCUUGAGAGAGUUGUCGUUAGAGAGGAAAUCAUUUGUCGGGGAGGAGAUGACGUGUCCAUCAAACAGUUUUCCACGCCUCAACUUACUAACUAUGUCAAAGUUAUUAAAGUUGAGGAAGUGGAGAGUGGAGGCAGGAGCCAUGCCCCUUCUCUCUCAAUUACAGAUAGAAGGGUGUUCUAGUCUAGAGAUGGUUCCAGAUGGCUUGAGUGGCAUUUCUAUUCUUCGAAAACUGGAGAUCUAUGGAAUGGCGGAAUUGGGGAAGAGGGUAUCGGCAUCAGGAGAGGAUUUCCACAAAGUCUGCCACGUCCCUUCAAUUAUCAUCUUUUAACUAUGUCUCCACCUAGGGUACUUUUCUCCCCCCGGUGCCUUCGAGCUACAGUCAUGUUUCGCUUUUAUCACUUUUUAAAAUAAAUGUGUAUAUAUAUAUAUUUCUUUUGUACGUUGCUCCAAGCUUGACAUGGGGGGUGGUGGCCAUAUUCCAUUUCUUGUAUUAUUAAUAUGGUUGAAUUUGGUGAUUCUGGACAAUUUAUUCUAGACUUGCUUAGUUCCA